AAUUAUUUCUGUGUGGCGAGCCGCGACGAUCGGCUGUGAAAUUGAAAGUAAUUUAUGUGCCUAAAUAAUUGCGCAUAAUGUCGAAUGUAUUUGUACGAUUCCUGAUCGGAGGCCUUGCCAUGUUGGCCGCCGUAGGGUACAAGAACUACCGCGAUCUGUCGGCGCCCGGCAAGCGGCCCGAUCUCGACAACAAUGCCUACUGGGGACCACAGCUAAGCAAACAGAGCAACAAGGAGAACAAGGCCAUCUUGCCGUAUGACAUCACCGUCAAUCCAGAGGUAAUAGCCGAUCUGAAGAGCCAGCUGAGUCGUCCGCUGAAGCUACAGGCACCGCUGGAGGGUGUGGGCUUUGAGUAUGGAUUCAAUGCGAACGAGCUGCAAAAGGUGGUGCAAUACUGGCGAGACACAUACCUGACCAACUGGAGUGAGCGAGAGGAGUAUCUGAAGAAACUGGAUCACUUCCAAACCGAGAUACAGGGAUUGAAAAUUCACUUUAUUCAUGCCAAGCCGAACAAGGAAGCCGUAAAAAAGGGCAAGAAGGUGCUGCCCCUCCUCUUGAUGCACGGCUGGCCGGGCACUGUGCGCGAGUUUUACGAUUUCAUUCCCCUGCUGACCACAGCCAGCGACAAGAGUGACUACGUCUUCGAGGUGAUUGCGCCCAGUUUGCCGGGCUAUGGAUGGUCUCAGGGCUCAUCAAAGACUGGCUUUGGCGUGGCCCAGGUGGCUGUGGUGAUGCGUAAUCUGAUGCUCCGUCUGGGCUUUGAGAAGUUCGUUGUGCAGGGCGGUGACUGGGGCUCGCUGAUAGGCUCCAAUUUGGCCUCGCUCUUCCCGGAGAAUGUGCUCGGCUAUCACUCGAACAUGUGCGGCAACAACAGUCCCAUGGGCAACCUGAAACUGGCGCUAUCCUUGGUCUUUCCCAGCUGGUUCGUCGACAACCAGUUCGCGCAUUUUUACAAGGGCUUUGGUGGCAUCUUCUCCAUCAUGAUGGAGGAGAUGGGCUAUGCCCACAUCCAGGCCAGCAAGCCGGACACUAUUGGCAACGCUUUGAUCGAUAAUCCCAUUGGCCUGGCCUCCUACAUCCUGGAAAAGUUCUCCACGUGGACGAAUCCCGCGUUCAUGACGCUGCCAGAUGGCGGCCUCACCAAGCGCUUCACCUACGACCAGCUGCUGGACAACGUCAUGAUCUACUAUGUAACCAACUCCAUCACCACCUCCGUGCGCCUCUACUCCGAGUCGAUGAACAAGGCACAACUUGGCCUGGCUGUCGACUCCCUGCCCAUUACGGCCAAGACUGGAUGCACUCGUUUCGCCCAUGAAAUCGCCCACUUCCCAGACGGCGUGCUGGCCAACAAGUUCCCCAAUCUGGUGCACAGCACCCACUUCCAGGACGGCGGACACUUCCCGGCCUUCGAGUUGCCGCAGCAGCUGUACGAAGACUUCACGGCCUUUGUGCAGAAAGCCGAACUCUGAUCGAAUAUCCGAUCCGUAUUCGCCUGGAAUGCAAUAAAUACGCUUAUGUUUUUCUCUGUUCAAACAAAA